AUUCUAAGUUUCAAUAUGGUAUCAGAGUCAAAUUUCCUACCCUAGUUGUUGGUCCUCGCUCGAGAGCCACUAAACUCCCUUCCUGCCAUUCUUCCUGCAAGAAGGGAGGGGCACUUUUUCUCCCUGAAAUAUGGUCGCAAUCACUCUCGGCUCUAGGCCUCACCAUCUAGCCAGAAAAAUUCGCGGCAACUCCAAACUUCAUCUUUCUUCCCACGUCUUAUGUUUCUUAGUUUUAAUCAGCUCAACACUAGAUUUUUUCGUUCUGUUGCGGGAUCUACCCUCUGAAUCCCCCCCGGGCUCUGAUAAGCACGUCUUUCUAAGGUUUCCAUCUUAUUUUCUCCUUCAUUUUAGCCAUAAUAUGUCAUCGACGGCUGCAGAUCUACUGGAAUCUCGCAAGUGGUGUCUCCACCGCUUAUCUUUUACUUCGUCGUAGUCGGAGUAAGGAAUCGACAACUUUGAUCGGCUGUCAAACUCGAUCUUGAUUGUCAUUUUCAACUGGAUUAGCGACGUGAAGGGAAUUGGAUGGUGUUACGUCAUCUCCUGUCGCUUCCACGCUAUUGUUCCCCUCGUCGACAACAUUGUCGUUCGUGUUGUCUGAGUUUUAUCAGACGAUCCUUCUCUCACUUGUCCAUUUCCACUGCUAUCUUUGGCAAUAGAAACCGCAAAGAUUUUCACAUCUUGCUCGUUUCAUUUUCGACGGGAUUAUACGACCCUUUUACGCCCUAUGUCAGAUUAUAUUUGUUCCCUCCUUCAAGAACGUUUCAUCCUCCAAUUUGGCGUCGUCCUCUUUCGCAUAUGAAGUAUCAGACCAUUCCCCUCUAAGUUGCUGAAGAAUUUCAAAGAGAUCCGGCGUCUUCGGACUAAGCUUCCACUUGGCAAACUUGGGGUUGAUGAAGGUGUUCUUCUCAAAUGAAAGGCUGUUUUUUGGCUCCACCCUUGACAACUGUGUCAUCUUUGGUGCCGCAUCUAUCCUUUCCUCCAAAUCUGCACAUGUUAACCCCACACAUGAUCUUUGUGCUAGUGAAGACAAUGGCAACAUUCCUGAAUCUUUCUAUAUGAAUGGGGAACUGAAGCUUAGGGUUGUAUGGACAAUCAGUUCCCUCAUUGCUGCCGCUGCACGACAUUACUUCCUUCAACCCAUCAUCAGUGAUCAAGAGACAUUGGAGUUCUUGGAUCUCACUGAUGCAGAUGGCCAAGGUGUGCUAACCAUGGAUAGAUGUCAGCUACAAGAUCUAAGAGUGAGGCCUACAUCAGCUUCAGGUUCUUCACAACGGGCAUUGGUUCCAGCACUCAGCAUGAGGUCGUAUGCUCCACUUCUUGAGAUGUUAGGGGGAUUGUUUCUGAAGUGGGGCAACAUUGGUUGCUAUCCGGCCUAGUGGAGAUUCACGGAAGUAGUGGGAGGUUGUAGUAUCGGCGGCAAUUAGAUUUGUCCUGGGUGUUAACCGCCUUGGAGGAACCAUACAGGACUGCAGCAAAGAUGCUUGAGAAGAGAACAUAUUAUUUGAAGAUGAAUUCCUCCGGAGCUUUUUUCUAUACCAGGCCCUCUAGAGCUUUUCAUGCAACAGGUGCUCCACCAGAAUUCCUCCUACAUCAGGCCCUCAUCCUAACUUUCUUUUGCAUUUGGCCCUCCUCCAGAAUCUUUCCUACAACAGACCUUCCUCCAAAGCUUUUUAUACAACAGAUCCUACCUCUGGACCCUUUCCUUUUUCUGCAUGUCAUACCCUACAGCGUUUUCUACACGUUUUCCACUUCCCUGAAAACUCCCCUGCAACAAUACCUGUAGGAGCCUUCUGCCUACCUUCAGACACUGCAGGAACUACAGCCAAUGACAAUUGCAGUCAACUAGAAGUAAGCAUUUCCUGCAAACUCCCCUGCAAUAUUAUCUGUAGAAGUUUUCCGCCUACCA